GAUAUUUCCGUUGUGGUUCAAGGUUUCACUACUGGCUUCCCGCGGCUGCCACACCCGAAAGAUCCAUUUUCUGAGAGACUGUACCAAGACGGGGGGAGUAUAGGGUCUUGCAUUAAAUCAAAACGAAGGUUGAGUUGUACUUUGGGUAUGAAUAAUCCUAUCACCGCCUUUAUGGUGAGCUGUCGCCUGUACGCACCAUCGCCCUCGUCGGCGUCGAGGGGUUUUCCGCCUGAUCAACAACAGACUCCCCAUGAUCGCUGCCGUCACACACCCAGCACCCCCGCGUCGUUUCCGACUCAACCGUGAUCCCCGCGUCCUGCCUCCCGCAUACAUAUGCUGCGGGAAUGAUGGACUAUUCCUAAAAGUAGACAAGGGCUGUGGUGCCUGGCGCCAGACUCCGUGUACACCGGUAGACUGGGCGGACACCAGGAUGACAAUGUCCAGCGAGAUUUCGUCCAAAUGUGCUCGGAAGGGCCGUAUCAUUAGGCGAAACGGAGAAGACGUCCCCGUGAUGUCGAAUUCGAAGCUAGGGACUCAGCAGCGUGAUAGUGUGGCGCAGUUUUGUCUCGAUAUCGGUCGGGUGUCGAAUUCGCGCCCUAUGUACGUCGUCACCAGAAGGAUCGAAGCAAUAGCAGGCUCAUUUGGCCGGAUGAAGCCCACAAUUCCCGGCCACGAAACGCUCGUUUCUGUCUUGCAAGCACUCUGGUCCACUGAAAACCCUUUUAUCCGCGACCACCGAACAGAGUCGCAGUUCCCGAGCGCAGCUAUAGCCAGAAACCGUGCACACAAAGGGUUGACCAUAAGAUCGCUGUGAAGGAACGAGUAGUGUUGAAACCACACAAGUUGACAGGGAUGG